AAUGCGUCGAGCGAUGUGCAGUUUGUAAUCCUUUGAAGAAAGAUAAAAGAGAAGAUGAUCGGUUGGUUCGAAGAUCUAUCCCGGUAUCGAAACUGAUUAUAAGAUUGGAACGAUUGAUUUGCUUGACCGGCCAAAAUUGUUUGGGGUAUCAAUAUAUAAACCGUCGGCAUACCAACAUCGAAAAUGAUUUUUAUUAUCGUUUUCAACAAAGAAUUGCUCACAGCUGACAGCGGUUGCUUUGUGACCCGUAGCAACCGCGCGUUGUUUUUGCAAACUAGUGGACGUCGGUCCCAAUUACUAUCAGGAUUUCAUUCUCAUAAACUAAAGAUUUUUAAAACUCAAUUUGACUACAAUGGCUAACUUAAAUUGCCCUCCUUGUACUCCUUGUGCUGCUGUAUGCAUCGAACAUCAACCAACUCAAACGACUUCAUUUUUUAUUACACAGCUAAAAGUAAAGAAUGAGAAGCCUAGGAAAGCUCGAACAUACCUAUAUGAAAUUCAAGAAAUCAGUAACAGAUCAAGAACAAAUAGAUGGGGCCACGAAACCUCCUAUGAUAACCCGUUCCAUGUGCACAGGGAUCCAAUGCCACCAUGUCCGGACACGAUGGAACUGAGGACUAAUCCUGUAGGACUUCCUGCUAGUGACCCUCCUUGUUAUCUGCCACAGCGAAGUGGCAACGCGGAUGUUCAUCCCUUGGCUAAGCCCAUGGGCCCGAUCGGUCCAUGGGCAACGGGACGCGUCGAUUGGGGUGCGUUGUCCGGUCAAACGGGCACACGUCCUGUCGUGGAUCGAUAUUCAAUAACGCGAUAUAGCGUUGACGAGUGGCGUCAACGAAAUGCCGAUACAAUAGGUGCUUGCGCAAGUACAGCAAGCAAGAGUGAAAAAAUUGAGCAUGACAGCAAGAAUACGAUCAUCCGGACGUAUGCCAUUUCGGAUAAAAUCCAAGCCGAUUGUACGGAAAGCUUACACAAUCGAGCGAAAACAAUCGAUAAUAUGAAAAAUGAACUGGAAAGAGCAAUAAAGUUGAUGCAGGAUGAAAUUUGUAUGCUCGAAGAGCAACGAAGGAGGCUCAAACAAUCGUUGGCUGUGUUACGAAUGCCGGAAGCAAUCGCAUCUGAAUGUUUGGAACGAAGAACCGGUCGUCCUGAUACUGAGCUUAUUCGCGAUUGUCCCGAAGAGGAAUUAAUUCGUGAGGUAGCGCUGAUUGCCCAAAUUCGAGCUGUGCUGCUCAAAACCCUGUCAGACAUUGAAGCUCAGCAAGUGCAGAAUCGUGCAGCCCGACAACGCAUGGAGUUCGAUUGGAGUGACAAAAAAGUGGCUCAUGAAAACGAUGCUAUAAACUGUAAUCUAACAAAUAAAUCUACAAUUACACUGUUUCGUCCAGGUGCAACAAGAUGCCCGAAUGAACAAUCGACGGAAAUCUACUGGGAAAAGUUCAGCCGAGAAACUCUGGCAAUGUGUACAGCAUGCAGGAACCAGUCGGAACAACUUCGUGGAACUCUGAAUGAAAUUCUGAUGAACACGGCUCGUGACCUUCGUUCACAAGCGGACAACGUUGAGCGAGCAUUGGCCGAUAGAAUUGCUUGUAUGGAAGAAGUUCGUCGAAAAUUAGAAAUAGAUUUACGAAUGACUCUGCAACACCUAGCUGAUACUGAAAUCCAAAUUGAAAAGCUCAAAGUUGCUAUACGCAACAUGGAUCACUCGAUGAAAGUUGUCCAAACUCGUUUGGAUAAUCGUAAUCAGCGCCCACGGGUGGAAAAUUGUCGAGACCAAUCUCAAAUACUAUUAAUAUCUGAAGUAAAGUCAGUCGAGGAAGGGUUGUCGGCUAUGAACGCACAACUUCGACAGGAAGAGGAUGUAAAAAAUGAACUUAUCGCACGGCGAAGUGAGUUGGAAAAAGAGAUCAUGAUGAAACGUCGGACGAUAGCUAUCGAUCGAGAUCGCUGUCAGCUUUUGCGAACACAUUUUCCUUCCGCUACUGCAUUAAGUGGCUACUAGUUGAUGUUUCAAUUGGUCAAAUUUUAUAUAUUUCAGUAUGAUCAUCUUUACAGCAUAUUGGCCACUAUUGAAAUUUCAUUUAGUUCACGUUUG